AUGCCCAGUCGAGUUGCCGCCCGUUCGACUUCCGCCGCCUCGCGCAAAGGCUCUGAGCAGAGUACGACUUCCCGUGGUCGCGCUGGAUCUGCGACGCCUUCGUUCGCUAUUCCAGAGGAACCUCCAUUGCCAGAAGCCAUACCCAGCUUGCGCCGGGAUGUAUGCGCGAUCUUCGCAGACGCCCAGCGCUCGACCACAGGUCAUCGCAAACUCGUUGUUCGACUAAGAAAGAUCCAGGAAGUAUGCUGUGGCAUCCCUCAGAAGAACACCAAAAAGGCCGGCAAGAAUACCGAAGCCCCGGAUGAGCGAUUGAUCCCAGGCGAAGAGACGCUACCAGAAAAGGAAUUCAAUGUCGAAGUGGGUCGCUGUUUAUUGCGCAUCUUAUCGAUCAAAAAGACAGAGCCCGUUGGCGAUCGCAUUUUACGAUUCCUCGGCAACUUCCUCACUCAUGCCUCGGAGAAGGAUGCUGAGAUUUUUGGCUCCGAUGAGGACGAGGACGAGCUACAGAACACGCACGAGAGACCGACCGCGCAUCUAACGACCAGUCUGGUUUCUCUCCUGGUGCCUUUGUUAUCUGCCAAAGACAAGAUUGUACGCUUCCGUACCACACAGAUCAUUGCGCAUAUCGUCAACUCGCUCGAUACGGUGGACGAUGAAUUAUACCACACUCUCCGACAGGGUCUUCUGAAACGAAUUCGCGACAAGGAACCUUCGGUCCGAGUACAAGCUGUUAUGGGUCUCGGCCGCUUAGCCGGAAAUGAAGAAGACGAUGAUGAAAACGACGAUACCAGUGCUCUUGUUGAGAAGCUUGUUGAGAUUAUGCAAAAUGACACAGGUGCGGAGGUUCGGAGGACAUUACUUCUUAACCUGCCGUUGAUCCCAGCUACGCUUCCGUACCUCCUCGAGCGCGCCCGCGACCUCGAUGCACCCACUCGACGGGCGUUGUACUCUCGCCUGCUUCCAACGCUUGGAGACUUCCGACAUUUGUCUCUAUCGAUGAGAGAGAAACUGCUCCGCUGGGGCCUGCGUGACCGUGACGAAAGUGUUCGAAAAGCCACUGGAAAGCUGUUCUACGACCGUUGGAUUGAGGAUAUCGCUGGAGCGAACAACGACCCUGAGAAAGUCGGACAGCGCUCGGAACCCAGCAUUCCGGCUCUACUGGAACUGUUGGAGCGUAUUGAUGUGGUGAACUCUGGAAUGGAAACUGGCAUCGCGCACGAAGCUAUGCGCAGCUUCUGGGAAGGCCGACCAGACUACCGAGAGGCUGUUCUCUUUGAUGAAUCAUUCUGGGAAUCGAUGACAGCCGAGUCCGCCUUCCUCCUCCGCUCAUUCAACGACUUCUGCCGAGUUGAGAAUGAAGGUAAAUAUGACAACUUAGUCGAUGAGAAGAUCCCGGUCGUCACGGCUCUCGCAAUGUAUCUCCAUAAAUACAUGACCGAGCUUUUACAGCGGAAGAAGCUCUCAAAGGACGCUACUGACGUUAACGACGACGACACUGUUGAAAUUGAAUUCAUCGUCGAGCAGUUGCUCCACAUCGCAAUGACUCUAGACUACAGCGACGAAGUUGGGCGACGAAAGAUGUUCUCUUUACUCCGUGAGGCGCUUGCUGUGCCAGAGCUCCCCCAGGAGUCUACUAAACUGGCUGUCGAGACACUGAGGUGUGUUUGUGGGCCUGAUGCCGCCGCUGAAAGUGAAUUCUGCAGUGUUGUUUUGGAAGCGAUUGCUGAAGUCCACGACACAAUCAUUACCGAAGACAGCUUUGUUUCUGCAAAGUCCGAGAUUAGCGAUGAUGCUAGCAGCCGUCAACGGUCUGAAACUCCCAUGAGUGAGGAUGAUAAGCCUUUCAAUAGGGAAGAGGCCAAGGCCAAGGUCCUUAAAGAAAUCGUGGUUAACAUGAAGUGUCUGCACAUUGCGCUUUGCAUGCUCCAGAACGUUGAAGGCAACCUCCAGGCCAACAUGAACCUGGUGACUAUGUUGAACAACCUAGUUGUACCUGCUGUUAGGAGCCACGAAGCCCCCAUUCGCGAGCGCGGUCUCGAGUGUCUUGGGCUGUGCUGUUUACUGGAUAAGGUUAGUCCCGGUCAAUAUCGAUGGCAUAUUCUUUCUGACCCUUCUCAGACUCUCGCCGAAGAGAACAUGACACUGUUUAUUCAUUGUUAUAGCAAAGGACACGAACCUCUGCAGGUCACUGCAAUUCAGAUCUUAUGUGAUAUGUUGACCAGUCACCCCUCCCUACUGACUCCUGUCACCCAGGCCGAUAAGGAGACGGUUGCGCCACCAGCGUUUCAGAAGCCGUUGCUCAAGGUCUUUUCUAGAGCCCUCAAGCCGAGCUCCCCCGCUUCUGUACAAACAGCAGCUGCGACAGCUCUAUCUAAGCUCUUACUCACUGGUGUUUUCACUCCCUCAGCCGCCAAUAUUCCAGAGGCUAUUCAAGAAUACAACCAGCAUGCCAUUGAGACGCUACUACAGUCCCUCGUCGUGUCCUUCUUCCAUCCCCGAACUCGCGAGAACCCCGCGCUUCGACAGUCCCUCGCCUACUUCUUCCCAGUAUACUGCCACUCCCGGCCAGAGCAUACUCAACAUAUGAGGAAGAUCACCGUGCCUGUUAUCCGAACAAUCCUGAACUCGGCGGAGGAAUACUACUCGCUUGAAGCUGAAGAAGACAGUGAUGGCGAGAUUGACGAGUCUGUUGGUGAAAAGGAACUGAAGGUCCUGAUGAGUGGAGUAUUGGGUAUGAUCUCAGAGUGGACCGAUGAGCGAAGAGUUAUCGGUUUGGGCGAUGAGCGUGUUCUCGCUGGCGGCCCUGCAAGCUCCAAUGCUUGUGGAAUCAUCCACUUGGAAUUGAUCAAAGAUAUUCUAGAGCGAGUGCUUGGGAUCAGCGAAGGCAGUAAUCGCUGCUCCAAGGAAGAACGGAAACUCUUGUUCUCGCUCAUGAGCAAGCUCUACAUUGCCCCGCCAACGACGCCUUCACGCUCAGCGUCCGUGGCACCGGAGGACGAUCCCUUCCGUUCCAGCGUCCGAAGCUCGCAAGGCGAGCUUAGCCCAGAAAACCUUGCUCUGGCACAAGAAGUUAAGGAGCUCCUAGACCAGACCAUCGAAGAAGGUGUGGCCGCCGAUGCUGCAAGCCGAAAUGCCCUCGUCAAGGUCAAGAACGUGGUCCUUAAGCUGCUGGCGGCUCCCAUACGACCUGCCAGUGCUCGUGGUCGUGAGAGCAGCGUUGAGAGUGAUGUUGGCAGUGUCCGAUCCUCCAGAAGUAUUCGGCCCUCGGUGGAACCUGGAUUUGGGCGGCGGGCUGUUUCGAUCGAGCCGAGUAUCAUGGAAGAGGACGAAGAAGAAAGCCGGUUGACGGUCGACAGUAGGAUGACUGUCAUCAAGGAGGAGGACCCUGACGCCAUGGAGGAAUAA